AUGGGAGAACUCUAUGCAGGUUCGCAAGGGGCACAUGACAUUGGAAAAAUUGAUCUAGCACAAGCUUCUGCCACUCCAAAAUUGGAGGAUGUCAAGGCUAUUUCUGAGAUUCUGGAUAUAGCAAGAUCGAGGAAUAAUAUGAAAGCAAUAGUUCAUUGCGCUGCAACUAUCAAUGAUAUCUUGCUGGAAAAUGAUUGGUACUAUACCUCAUGCACCCACUGCAAGAGGAAGGUUGACAAAACAGCGAGAAAUUUUUGCUGUGUUGUUUCCGGUUCAACAAUAUUUGUGUUGUUUAAUGAAGUGACGGAGCAACUGACUGAUGCAAAAGCGAGCCAUCUCAGUGCACCUAUUGAAAGAGAACGUGCGUUUGGAGAUGUUAACAAAUUCGACUUGCCUCCAGAACUCAUUAAAAUCUUUGGCUUUCCUCGUAUCUUCCAAAUCAGGAUGAGUUCUUUUCUUGAAAGUCGUGGAAGCAGUUUGGUUUCGUUCAUGCUGGAACCCGGUGGAGAAAAAUUCCAAGUUUCUUCAAGAAAAGCUGUGAAGAUUGAGAACCCUCCAUUUAUUAGUUCUAAUGAGAAGACCCCGAAAAAAUCAACCAAAAAAGCAACCGCCAUUAAUGCACCUGAUUUGCCAUAUAAGAGGAGGAAGUUAAGGUCAUACGAUGAUGAAGAUUCGGAGCACUCACAAGAAGAAACGUCCUCCGGUGUUGGAGACGAUUGA